GGGGCAAUCACAGUUGCCGCCUUCGCAAUCAACGCCGUCAGCGUGAUUAAAGUCUAUCUCCUUCCAUCAAAGCUCAAGCGAUAUGCGCAUGUCUCAGCAGAUGGCCGCCCUGCAUGGGCAUUGGUCACUGGCGCUUCAGACGGUAUUGGUUAUGCCUUUGCUUCAGAACUUGCGCUGCGAGGCUUCAACGUGGUUCUACACGGCCGUAACCAAGCCAAACUUGACGUGGUCCAAUCUCAGCUACAAAAGAAACACCCAAAUACCUCGUUUCGGACUCUAAUUGCAGACGCCAGCACGGUGCAAUGCGUGAAUUGUCUGCAGGCUGGAGAGAAACGGUCUCACCCAGCGCUGGACUUCAACGCUAUCAAGGCCGCGCUUCAGGAUUUGCACCUCACAGUCUUGGUCAACAAUGCGGGCGCUGGUACCAGGGAUCCCAUCUACCUGCCGCUGGGCGGGAGUUCUGAGCAGCGCCUCACCGAAAACGUCAACGUGAAUGCAUUAUUUCCCAUGCAUCUUAUGCGUGUCCUCAUCCCACAUCUGGCGCAAGGUUCGCCCGCGCUAAUUAUGAACAUCAGCUCUAUGGCCGACGCAGGGUUUCCCUUGUUAGCGUCUUACAGCGCAAGCAAGCAAUUCCUGAUGACCUUGACGCGAGCACUUCGCCUGGAGAUGGCACUCCUGGGCCAAACAAACGUUGAGUGUUUGGGCAUCCGCGUGGGUAAAGUCACAGCGGUAUCGCACAACAAAGAGGCCCCGUCACUUUUCACGCCAACAGCCGAUACUAUGGCUCGGGCUGCGCUGGACCGGGCUGGC